AUGUCAGAUAUCGUUGGACCGUAUAUGCAAGCCCAGGAGGAUGAGCGCUGCAAUGCAAAUCCAUUAACCUCUAUAUCAGCUCUGACAGGCGCUUUGGGCAUCAUUUUGGACGAUCAUCUCAAGUGGGCUUGUGAGAUUGGUCUCGCCGCUCGGACUACCUGUUCUGGCAAGUUGAAGUGGCAGAGCAACACCGUCGUAGACCUGCUUGCCUUCUCGCGAGGAGACUGUAGUCGAUGUAUUGUAUAUAAGUCCCGUCCUCCAUCCCGGGAGUUGUACCCUAACAACAACAACAACAACAACAACAACAACGGGCCUGACCAUCAUUAUCCCAACCAGGACACCUCGUCCUCGUCAUCCUCAUCGUACCUCCUCCACCGAGCAGUGCCCACCGGCCAGGUAAUCACCCACUGCACAACCCCCGGCAUCAUCGCCCUCACUUUUGACGACGGGCCCUACAUCUACACCAGCCAGCUCCUCGACACGCUAGCCUCCUACUCGCCCCCCAUCCGCGCCACCUUCUUUGUCAACGGCGCCAACUGGGUCUCAGGCAUCGACGAUGAAUCCACGCCUUACCCGUCCAUCCUCCGUCGCAUGCUCAGCGAGGGGCACCAGAUCGCUUCGCACACCUGGUCCCACCUGGACUUGACCACGGCCACGACAGCGCAGCGCGUCGAGCAAGUCACCAAACUCGAGGAUGUGCUGCAAAGAGUGGUGGGUGUCAAGCCGAGAUACAUCCGUCCGCCGUAUGCGACUUGCGAGAAUGGAUGUUUGGAGGAUCUCGAGGGAAUGGGGUUGCAUGUUGUCAACUUUGAUGUGGAUACCAAGGAUUACGAGAAUGAUAGUCAGGCGGGGAUUCAGGUGUCAGUGGACAAGUUCAACAACGAGCUGGGAAGUAAUCCGCAGACGGACUCGGCGAUUGUCUUGAGUCAUGAUGUGCAUCGGUGGACGGUGGAGAGGUUGGUGGGGGAGAUGGUGGCCACCCUAAGAGCGAGGGGGUUUGGGACGGGCACCGUGGGCGAGUGCUUGGGAGAUCCCCAGAGUGGGUGGUAUGCUUAG